AUGCUUUUUCCCCUGCUUUUCUGGGCUGAAAUCUGCCUGCUGCUGCUCUGCCAAGGCUGCCAGCUGGAGGAGCCAGUGAUAGGUUUGAAUGAAGCUGUGAAAUCUGAUAGACUUAUUGCAGCAGCCAUUGGUGGAGAGGCAAAUUUCUAUUGCAACUUCUCACUCUCAAUGGAGGUUUUGCAAGUCACCUGGCAGAAGAGAAUCGGGUCAUCCUUCCAGAACUUAGCCACCUACAGCCUAAACCACGGACCGAGGCUGAUAGGAUCAUUUCAGGAGAAGGCACGUUUCACUAGGGCAACCUUGAAGGCCUCAGCUAUCACACUCCAAAACCUCACAUUUGAGGAUGAGUCCUUUUACAGAUGCAUUUUCAACGUGUUCCCUUAUGGCUCCUUCAGCAAAGAUAUAUGCCUCAACAUCCAUAGUGUUCAGAGGAGCAUAAUUAGCAUGGCACUCUUCACAUCUGUGGUGUUAUUAACAUUCUUGCUAUAUUGCACCAUGAGACAAAUCAACAGAAGAGGGGACAAACAGAAGAGAUGUUGUGCACCCAGAACACUUGCAGAGGAGGAAAGCUUACACCGAGACCUAAGCGAGAAAGCUGGGAGUUUGCACACACUGAAGGACCAGCACAUUGCUCAUCAAAACGAGGAGCAGACACCAGGCUCCUCACUUCACAAACCCCUGCCAUAUUUGAAGAGAAACCCAGUGUGCAUGUCUGUAUGGGGGCCUGAUGCCAGCAGCUGGGCCAUGACCAUGGGCCUGGGUGGCCACGACUGCGGAGACACAAGUGAGAGAAACCAACUACCAGCCACCGGAGUGGACCAGGGGUAG